AUGGUUUCGUCAAACGAGGAACAACUCUCUGAGUGUCGUGAAGUAUUCUGCUAUUUCGACUCAAAGGGUGAUGAAAAAAUCUGUGUGACUCAAGUUGGUGAUGUACUUCGUGCACUGGGACAGAACCCGACUAACGCAGAAAUUCAAAAGUGUUGCGCGCAUUGGACUGAUCCAGACACGAGAAUAACGUUCGAAGACUUUGUGCCGAUUUAUCAGUCGGUCAACAAAUCGAAAGAGAAUCACUCGUUCGAGGAGUUCGUUGAGGGCUUGUCGCAUUUCGAUAAAGAGGGUAACGGACUGAUAAAUGUGGCCGAACUGAGACAUUUGUUGACGACUUUGGGUGAGAAAUUGUCAGAUGAGGAGGUGGAUCAGCUACUGGCCGGUCACGAUGAUUCACAUGGUAAUGUGAAUAUAUCAGAUUUUGUGAGGGCCAUAACGCAUGCCUGA